GUCGGUUAGAACGGUUCCUUGGCCGUUCAGUGUUCCGCUGCGUUGGGGAUCACAGGACGCAAAUCAAGUGAAACAAAUCCUCCGACAGAGGAAAAAAGUUCAUGCUGGAGUUUUUUAAGACCUCAGAAGGACACAUGAAGGUAAGAAGACCAACAGAAAACGGGUUUGUGUCGGCGGUCUGCAAAGAGGGACGGUAGUUUGCUGAGUAUGACCGUGUUUACACUUUUUUCUUCAGGAGAAAAUGAGCCGAAAAUUGGUCAAAACUCGAGCUGAACAGAUAGAACCAUAUCUAUUUUAACUUGAAUCUUAAAAUAAUAUGUUAUUCAGCAUAAAAAGAUGUAUUUUAGCCGAAAUCAUGUAAAGGAAGAAGAGUUGACAUCUCCUCUCCUCCAGGCGCUGCGGUCCGUUUGAUCUUCUUAAUACGGCUGAUUCAACACUUCUACAAAAACUACAGAAAUAAAACCUUUUUAACGGAGCUGCAUUCAUCUUUAUAGUCAUUUACAAGCUCUUUUUAUGUAGUUUUAACUCUGCUUUACAGCUAGUGUGGAUAGCAAACUGUGUGUGUGUGUGAGAGAAAGAGGGAGAGCAAGCGACCCACUCAAAAAUGAGGUUGGCAACCAAAUCCAAUUUAGUAUCCAGACAUGCAGCUUCUGCUCAGACAUCCUGAUUACUACAAGCAGGAAAUACAGCUGACCUCUCCGGCUCUUCUUUCCCUCAGCUGACCCUUAUUUCAUAUCAAAGUGUGUUGGCCAAGUAGGCAACAGUCUGUGUCAUCUUGUCUUCAUUCACAGAUGAAAAGUUUUCCCCUCCCUCUCCUGCUGUGCUGGCUGGAAGAAACACUAAAAUAAAAGGUCAUGUAAACUGACUUGCUGGUUUGGUCUUAUAAACUGUACUUAGGGUGAGAGAUGUGGAUUUUUAAUUGACUAUGCUAUGACCUGGGUGUGUGAGGUUCAUUUUCCACUCAUACUGUACACACACAUUGAGAACCACACACGCUCACACACUGGUGAAACUGGAGCAAAGCAUGUUGUGUUUGCAGUCCAAGCUGCUGUGUUUUUAAUGAGUUUAAAGUGUUGCAGAGUGGGCACAUGGCUGACCAGGAUUAAAACAAACAGGGAUAAAAGGAUUAUGGACACAGCAGGGCUUUCGUCAUCGGAAGUGGAGCUAUGAGAACGUGUGGGAAUAUUUGUAUUUCCCAUGCUAUUGCCCUGUUGUUUGUAUACCCUCGUGAUUACCCACUCUCACCAGGGGGAUUAGGUGAAAUAAUAUCAAAAUGAUGAGAAUCCAAACAAGCGCGAUGACACAUGUAAGCCCCUGCUUGGCCAGACAUUUCUCAUAACACAGCUCACACUCCUCUCCCAGUGAUUACAGCCGCCUGUGAAAUUAGCAAGCAAGCCUGUAAACCCUAAACCGAGGGAGGUGUGUAUGUUGUAGUUUAAUUAGCAUUUUAGCCCUGUGGUUAAGCCACAGACCGUGAGUGUGCUACGAGUGCCGGUGGUGGAGGCACAGCUCCCAUACAGGCCUGUGUGCCUUCUUUGUGAGAGGACGCUGCUGUAGGGAUUAGGCUGGAGGUGCAGUUCAUUCAGGUCACAACUCAUUCCUCCACUAAGGUCGUGUUUAGAUGGUAACCUCUGAUUUGAAAAACUCAAGGCACAUGCAGACAAGUGGUCUGUCUCUGCUGGACAGGAGACUGCUGCUUACAUCCAGUAAAAAGAAGUUAGAGAUGUGCUGGUGGUAUUUUUUUAAGGCAAUAUCAAGAAGUAUGUUAUGGGGUGAUAAAUGAGGUUAAAGCUCCUAUGUGGAGUUUUUUUUUUACAUAAAUGAAACAGAUUCAAAUUCAUACAGAUGUCUUUUUAUGAUACACAACAACAAGUGAGACCACCUGUGACAUGAUUUAAGAGUUUUAAUUUAUAGUUUUUAAUACUUGAUACUGCUGUGAGGGGGUAGGUGUCAGUCUAAAGACAAAGUCUUGUUUUGCCACUUUAAAUACUCACAACAAAUGAUAAAUUUGUCUGUCAAAAAUCAGCCAGAUGUUGUUUUUUUGUAGAGGACACUACCAAAGCAAACUUUGUCCACAGGGGGCACCAAAGUUGAUACAAACCGAAACUUCCUCACAGGAGCUUUAAAGUUUAGAUUAGAUUGUUCUUUAAAGUUCCUGUGAGAAUCUCUCAGCUUCGCUUCUGGCUACUAUUGUUAUAGUGAACAGUUUUUUUUAAUUAUAAGACAAUUCUGGUGCACACAUUUAUCCACUGCAUGGCACAAAGGCCUCAAAAUUCACCCAUCAAUCAAAGAAUCAACCCUUAUUUGGUUCUUGGUGCAUUGAUUUCAGACCCGGCAGUAAGUUUAGGACUUUGAAGCCGUUUCUGUUCAAGCUUUGCAGGAGAGGUUACCACACAAAGCUGUUUCAAGAGAUGCUUUUAUUUGUGUCUUUUACUGCCUCAGGCUGAGGUUUGACUCAUAUUUUCAAUUUCAGUCAAAAACAUAUUUUUUCAGAAAGCUUUGAAAAAGAUACUUCAGCCAGAUUUUUAAAGUUAUGUGGGCCAAUGAAAACAGCUGAAAUGAUGAACAACAGUUAAAAUGUUUAACGCAUUAGCACCUCAGACGACACAUUAGCUCUUAUGUCAGGGGUACGUAACUGAACAUCAGUGUCAGCUGACAUUUACCCUGUCAGCAGGCCUUGCCCCAUCUGUAAAUAAUGAGCCCUGCAUUGUCAAAUGUGAGCGAAAGUAUUGGCAGCGUGGAAGUAUUAGGCUGUUAUUUUAAAACGUCAGUAUUGACCCUGAUUUUCACUAUAAGUUUCUCUGUAUGCUAAGCUGACUGUUAAUUCCCCCUCUUUAUCUGUUUUAACCUGCAGAUAAAACUUGUAACACAUACCAGAGGAGUAGAAAGAUAGAGCGAGAGGUAGGAAGAGAGAUACAGUCCAUCAGUGCAAAGUGAUAAGAGAGGACAAACUUCAAAAUCUUGAUCUGCAGCCACCAUGUCUGUACCAGAGAUAGUCUGAUUAAGGACAUUCGGACAAAUUCGGCAUCAUAUCAGCCUCACAAAGUCAAUAUCAACACUAAUUUCCUCUCAUCCCCAACGACAGCGUCAAUUCUAAACCAGCUACUGUCUAGAGUUUUAAUAGAAAUUCUGUUGUUUGUGGAUAAAACAAUCAUAAUAAAAACCUUAGGAAACGGUCACAGCUUUGUAUGAUUAAAGCAGCAGAGAUUUUCAGAAAUCUGCCAAUUCUGAUAGUUAACGUUCAUGUCUGCUGACUCUGAUACUGUGCUGAUGAUAUCUUACAUACCCGGUUCGAAGUUUAGCUUGCAAUCCCGUCUUUACCUUAGUACCUGCAGUCACUCUGCUGUGUUUUACUCUAUAAAACACACUUCUCCUGUGCACAAAUCUAUUUAAAUUCUGCCAACACCGACAGCAUAUUUGUCAGUCAGUCACAGGGUCACAGCCCUGACAUUUCCAGGUCUCCCUAUUUCUGAUUUUAUUGAAGUUGCAUGGAGGAUAUCAAGCUCGCUCUGAUGUUACAAGCCAGUUGCUCCUGUCUCUCAUUAUUCAACCAGCGCUGUCAGAGAUCAGGCCGCCACCUCUAAAGACUUCAUGCUGUGGAAACUUGUGAUGACCGCAGAUUGCCCAGAGCAAAGCCUGGACCUGUUUAAAAGUCCAGGUGGAGCACAGUCCGGUAAACAUGGAGAUUUUUCAGAUGCUUCAGCCACAUUUCAGAAGGAAUAUUUGCUUCUGUGAUUAAGUUGUCAGCCGGUGCGGUGAACAUGCGUCCGUCACGUCCCCACAUGAUGGCUAUCAUCUGAAAGGGAUGCUUAGUGUUACAGCAUCAGCAGCUUUGAUCUGAUUUCAAAGAGGGGCCCUCAUAACAUUGACUUGGCCUGAGAGUGGUUGCAUGUUUGAGGUGUGGACACCGCAGGGCUUGUCAGUAGAACCAACACAGCUGUGAGAUUAGAGUGCAGAGACACUACAAAGGGACCACAUCACAUCCCCAACACAAAACAACCAACUGUCACCACAACCCCCAUGGUGGGCAGAGCAGGCAGUGGGGUAGAAAACAAAGUCAUUUCAAGUACGUCUUUCAACACUGAAGUUAAAUUCUCAAAGCGUGGGCAUAACUUUUUCAACACAUGACAAAACAAUUAGACUUGCAAAGCUGAGUGUGUUUAAAAAAACCUCAAAAAUAUGCUAAUGUGUUUGUGUGGUUUGUUAGUAUUAUCAUUAUGAUUGAGCAAAAACCCUAUAAACUAAUUAUCUGGGAAUUCUGACAUGACAUCAAAAAAGUUUCAGUAAAUAAUGAACUCAAAGUUGAGAAAAUGGAUGAUAUAACCAUCAGGGUUUUUCCUGGCUCAAAUUGAGGCAGAGGUGGCACCAUCCUGACCAUGCGCCACGACGUGCAUGUAUUUGUAAAUUCAACCGAUUCACUUUCUUUUACAGGCAACAUACUUUAAGUUAAGAGUUCAAAAAGGAGUGUGACCAUUAUCAUGUUAAAGCAUUCAUUUAUUAAAACUAUAUACAUACACAAAUCAGCUGGCAACUUUAAAUUGAAAGUACACUUCAUCCACACAUCUCGCAACCAGACAGAACAUUUCAGCCUCCUCUUUUUCAUUCUGUAGAACCUCCUCAUGCACUCCUUGUAGUCCAAGGCCUCCUGGUCUGGUCCAUCAACGGCCACCUUACAACAGACAUCCAAGUGCCUCUCCUUCAGUCUGUUCCACAGAGGUGUCUUCACCUUAAACAAAACAAUUCAUCAUGCAUUAAGUAUUUUUCAAUCAUAUAUAUGUAUACGCUGCAGUGUCCUCCCUAAAAAAAAAACGACAACCAAUUAUUUCUUAAACUAUCUAAACUAUGUUAUUUUAGUUUUUAUAACUUUAUUAGUUGAGUGUUUUUAGGUACUACCAUCUUUAAUAUACUUCUCCUUCUCUUCUGCUGCUUUGUGAAUGGCUAUCACCUCAUGUCUUUUUAAUGUGUCCAGCCUGUAGUUGGUUGAUGGCUGUCUCACUAAGGAGGCAGCAAUUGCCUGCUGUGUUGGGGCACAGUGCUUUUGGAAUAAAUAGCAGUGCAUGCCUUCCUCAAUAUGCCUGAGCCAGGUAAAUUGAUUGAGCCACUGCUUGUCAAAGCCACUGGCUCUGUGUUUUUGAGAAGAUCUGGAAAGAGGAAUAAAAACCAUGUACACGUCGGCUUUGCGUUGUUAUGCUCCUAAUUGGAAACUAAUUAAUUAAUUACCCUCGCCUCGCCGACUCGUCCUGUCCUGCAUUCUGACCCUCGCGAUCACCAAUCCCUUGUGAAGUACUUUCAGACCUGACACAAAUUUCCACGUUGUCACCACCAUGAAUUAUAGCAUUUUAACUGCCUGUUACGUUUUUUUCUCUGCUGUGUUUCACCUGGACUCUUGACUUUUCUCCUCGCGAGGUCGCUUUUUAAAGUACUGUCUGAAUUUGCCUGUCAUAACUGCAACGCUAAAAACGGAGUAAACUUUUUUUUUAAAUAAACACGACAUGCUUGGAUGCAAAAAAGAGAAGCCGUAUUUACCUGUUUGUACCAUCCGCCAGGGAAAAUCAGGUCGCCGAUAGCACCAACUAGCGGGAAAAAAACUUGAAAAAACAUGAUUCGAUCCGUUUCUUCUUCGGUAGAUGCUUCAUGUCUUUCCGGUGCACUGCUGUUGAUAUAGCGCCUCUAUAGUGGCGCAACGCUGCAACUGCAGUUAAAAUACGUUGCUGCUGCAUCGGGACACUAAUCGCUCAAUCAACACAGCUGGAGCUUUACGCUGUGUUGAGCGAAAUCAAUCGCUCUGGCUGGGGGCGGCACAAAAUUAGGUGGAGGCGGCCGCCACGCAAUUUUGAACGCAGGAAAAACCCUGACCAUGUUUGAAUAUAGAAUUAUAACCAUCUCUCAUUGAGUUCAGCUACACAAAUCUAUCAAAGAAGACCGCCCCACUUCCAAACUGCUUGGUUAGUUUUAAACAGAUGUGGUCCAUUCACAUACUACCCUUUUGCUCGAUCUACUGCAAACUAUAACCCUCUAAAAAUGUGUCUGCUUCCUUCUCAGACAGGAGGGGGAAAAAGUACCUACAUUUCAUGUCUCCCUCCCAGGAUAAUAACCACAUAUCCACAUAAAGCUCAUAAAUCUGUGAGCGAGAUCAGAUAGAUCAGAGGCCUGUCUGGAUGUCUGAUUUGUGGGAACACAAAGCUUUGUUUCAAGAUGUAAUAAAAUAACUGAGAAAGUGCUCUGGGAAAUCACCUUUGAACAUUUGGAGAAUAUUUUCUCAGUUUCAGGAAAUUACCUCCACGGUUUGAAAGAGAUUUUAAGUUCUCCUCUCUCACACUUUUUCUUUCACAGUCCAAGCUGAACAUGGAGAGUUUGACCAAACCAGAGCUGCUGAUGCUUUUCAGCAUCCUGGAGGGAGAGCUGGAGGCGCGCGACCUGGUCAUCGAUGCCCUGAAGGUACCUGUUAUGGAUCUGAUAGGAUCUGUGUGGUUCUCUGCACCAUAUCUGUCUUUUUGAGUCAAACACUAAUAAGGCUGUAAAGUCCCUUAGUGGUUGAUACGUGCUGAGUCAACCAAAAUUCUGAUUGGUCAGAUUUUUUUCCACGUCAAUUUACAGUCUAUGGUUAAUUUCAUCAGAAGGAAUGUACCAAGUAGGGCUGGGCGAUAAACCGAAAAUUUACCAAUACCAAAAUUUACGACUAUAACCAAAGACAUUUUGCCCAUGUCAAUAUAUUUGGUGUCAAAACAUAAAUAAAUAAAGUUGGUUUUGGAUGUGUGCGGGUAGGCUACGGUCUCAUGUCCCUUUAAGACGCUGUCCUACGUCAGAGACAUGACUCCACCCCAUCCAGUCUGUAACAAAGAGGGAAAGACAGGUGAGGAGAUGGAGGACGGUUUAAAAGUUGUAGAGGCUGAAGUAGACAAAGUUAAUGUGGGAGGAGGUCAGCAGCUUGUGGAGUAGUUAUCGUUAUCGAGGUGAACUGCUCAAUAUACUGAUAUGUUGAUUUGAGGCCAUAUCGCCCAGCCCUAGUACCAAGUGGUAAUGGGGGUGUUUUCAGAGCACCCCCAUUUCACAGGUAACAGUCUGUCUCAGAACACUCCCCUUGUUUACACCAUUUUGUAUUUGAGGAGACCAGCUGGAGACAAGAAGAUUGGAGAGCAUCUACUGUACGUUAAUCAACAUCAGGAGGUUAGCUAAAUAUUUAUAUUUUAGCCUUUUGUGUUUGAUUGCCUUCUUGUGCUGAUAUCAGUGUAUUUUCACCCUACCAAGCCGUGCUCCGCUGAGCCGCGCCAUCACCUGCCGUCAGUCGGAACCCCCAUCCAAAUUAGUUGAAUUUUGGUCGACAUUUCAGGUUUUAGUCAACCAAGAAUUUCUUUGGUUGAUUACAGCCCUAAACACUAAACCAAUCUGGACCUGCAAAGUGACGGCUGAAAGCACCGAGUUUAAAGAAGUCAUUUAACGAACUGUCAGCAGAAAGCUGCCAAACUGCUGCUGUGGCACGAAGCCACAACACCGACUCUUUCUUUUGUCGUCUGUAAGAAGAACUUCUUUUUCCUGCUACCUUUAUUUUGACUCUUCAUAGUCAUGUUACAGGCCUGCUCUGCCCACUCAAAAACUCCUGUGGUAAUUCAUGGAUUCCUGGUGAAACAUAGUGGUCAUGAAUAUACUGAGUUGCCGUCUCCUGUUUCGCAUCAGUCAUGCAUUCGAUCCAGGUUGUAUUAGCCCCAGAGAACAUAAAAACCCAGCAAUAAAUGAUAAGAUAAGAAUCAGCCAAAAAAAAGUUCGAUUCGAUCCCAGUCAUAUCCUGUGAAAAACAUCUCCGUGCAGUCAGAACCAUCCAUCUAUUAGAGGAGCAUUCCUCAAAAUCCUCUUUGCUUCUGCCUCUUCCCUUUUCUCUUUCAGAAAUCUAAAUCGUAGGCAGAUGCAACCCGGUGAACUUUCAUCUACUCCAGUGUGUGGGUCACUCUAGCUCACAUAGAGUUCAACAAAGUCCCCCUGACUCCAAUCUGAGGUUGUCUUACUUCGGCCGGGUUAAUGCUGACUUUCAAUCAAAGGAUUUUCAAGCUAUUUUUCCACACACUGUGUCCUGCUCUGUCCUACAAGCCUACAUGCUCAAGCUCUUAGUGACCACUUAUAGAUAUCACCUGGAGGAUGUUUUAAACAGUUUUAAACCUAUUUUGGAAACACUUUGUGAUUGUGAAACCAUAAAUAGACAAAAACUCAAGAUAGGGAGUGAGUGCAGCAGAUGCCUCGACCGUCUCCUUUCACACUGACAAAAAAGAAAAAAGCAGAAUUUAUCCUCACUGUAAAUAUUUCAGUUUUACAGCCGUUACUUUCUUGGAAUGCAGUGCACUUUCCCGGUGUAAAAUGCACCAUUGAAAGAGCAAACUGGAGAGGCAGCCAGCGACCUAGAGGGCAGCCGCCUCAGAGAGCCUAUGGCUGAAUGUUCAUGUGUUGUGUCUAGACCACAUUCCUACAGCUCUCCUGGGAUCUGGCCAUCUAAGGCAAGAAGACUUACAGCGCGCUCGGUGCCCGAUGACUCAAUGUGAGCGAGAGUAGGAGUGAACAAAUAAACAUUCGCCUUAACUGGAGCUUGAGGGGAAUAUGGCUGUGCUUCUUUCAUGCCACACACUAUUAACUCAUUCAGGCCUGUGAAUGGAUCAAUGCUGCUGUGUUCACUCUUUCAAAGUGUCAACUAAGAGUGUAAUUAAUGAGCUGGAGGACAUAAAUCACAGGGAGGAGGUGAAAUCUGAUCCCAUCUAUGAAGGAAACUUUUUUUCCAUGACUUCAUACCUCUUUGCUAUUCUUCUGUGAAGGAGUUGGCAGUGUGGAAUUUAAGGUCUCGCCCUCACAUGAACAAAGAUUGUUAUCAGUAAUAAAACAACACUUAGUGUGAGCAGCAUGGCUCCGUGGAGAGCAGAGUUUGACUGACAUCUGUAAAUAGUAAAAACAAUUCGAAAUACUGUCGUGAAGAUGAACCCUAAUGAUUCCGGUGCUCUUCAUGACGUUCACUGUCUCUCAGGUACACAAACGGUUAAGCCUCCAUUAUACUCUGGAAGUAGUGCCAAUUAGCCAGUGUUAGCAUGUUUACACUGUAAACUUAGAGGGUGAAUGUGGAAAACAUUAAACCAGCUAGCAUCAGCGUGUGAGUGUGGUCAGUGUAAGCAUGUCAGUUUUAUGAAAGUGUCUGAUUUCAGGUCUGUGAGACGGUCUGCUCUGACAGGAAGGCAAAAACAUGUACUGAUCUGCAACUUAUUCUAGUGCCUGUCCACAACACUGUGAGCUUUUGAACAGCUGAUACUGAUAGAGAAAGUUAGCCAAUGGUCAGUAUAUAAAGUUAAAACUUUAACAGUUUAACAAUAAUUACAGCCAUUAUUUCAUGCACACUACGAUCUUUGUUGACAAAACCCUGAAAUAUUCAACCAAAAAUCAACUUAUCAGGGGGGAUUUUUCCCACUCUGAUGGCAAACCCUUCUGCAGCUGGGAACGAUGUGGCUCGGUGAGGUAAAAAUGUAUACUGUUAUCAGCACAAGAAGGCAAUUCUACACAAAUAUUAUAUUCAGCAAACCACCAUACGUUGAUUAACGUGUACGUUCUUCAAUCUUUCUGUCUCCAGUGGGUUGGGCAAAUCCAAAAUAGUGAAAACAAAGGGGGGUGUUCUGGGACAGACUGUUACCUAUGAAACGGGGUGCUCUGAAAACACCCCCAUUAUCACUUGGUACAUUCCUCCUGAUGAAAUUAACCAUGGACAGUAAAUUGACGCGAAAAAAAUCGAGUUGACCUAUUAGAAUUUUGGUCGACUCAACAUGUAUUGACCAAUAAGUCGACUAGGACUUUACAGCCCUACUAUGGUCUAAUAUACAGUCGUGGUUACCUUAACCCUGUUUCAGACAGAUUUUGAUCGACCAAUCCCCUCUUUUAUCUCAACUGAGGUCACAGGAUCCAAUCACAAACAGACACAACCUAGUUCAUUUCCACAUCACCACAAAAGUUGUAAUUAAGGGCGUCCCAAUACAACUUUACUUCCAAUCCGAUCUGAUACAGAUAUUGUAGCCUUUAGCCGUGGCUGAUACCGAUAUUAAUCCAAUAUUGGCACAAACUUGUGAAUGACAACUUUUGUAUUUAGCUGCAACGACUUAAACAAUACUGCCACAUCACUCCUACUCCUCGCUAGUUUGUUCAUACCUUAGUACACACUUUUGUUGUGAUUACGUGUGCUCUGCAUGCGGGAUCUGGGCAGUGCCAAGUAGAGGUUCUGGAGCGGAGUCUGGAAUGGACUGCUUGUAUUGGAGUGCUGAUAUCGGAGAUUUUAGAGGCAGGCCAAUGUAAUGCAAUAGCCCUUUUUUUUUUUGCUGAUAUCGGACCGAUAUCCAAUAUUGGACUGAUAUCCAAUAACAGUAUCAGAUCAGGAUAUCCCUAGUUGCAAUAACAGUUCGAAGUAGUCCUUGGGGCCAUACAUCAAACGGUCACCUCUGUGAUGUUCUCACAGGAGUGGAAUUAAGGCCAACAACUCUCCUGAGAAUCCUCAUUUGUGAAGCCCCCACCAACCAGGGCCGGCAAAUCUACUUGGAGAGCUGAGAAUAUACGCGGGCGACCUGCCCAGGUAUCAUGUUAGUGAGGGAGCGGACGUCAUUCUUUAAUUCUGCAGCCUUGCCAACGCUCUGCCACCUUUUUGAGUUCAUUUUGUAUCAGCAGUGAGAACACGGAUGCAUUUUUUAGGUUUCAGGGUGUAAAGAGGGGAUGUAGGGCAGAUGGUGAUGUGAUAAAAAAGUAGCUGAGUGUGUGAUCAUGACUUAAAGGCCUGACAGAAGAUGCACUCUGCACAGUAAUUAAAGAAUAACUCCAGUCCUGUUGCUCAUGCUGGCCUGAGCUGAUGUGUCACUGCUACACUAAGUGUCAUACGGGAAAUGUUUGGCUCAACCACAAAUCGCCAUAGCAACAAUACCACAGCUCACUUUUUCGCUUUUGAUUGUUAAAGUUCAAGUCGGGCAACAUUUCACGUGCUGUUUCUAGUUUUCUAGCUUUCUUUUUUUAGCACGGAUGUUUUAAAUUGAGGAUAUGAGGUUAAUAUUGUGGCUUUCUUCAGUUCUCUACAUUUAAUCACACAGAACUAUCAGUGGCAUUCAUACUAUCUGCUGCGUUUUCCACUCGUGACUCACUUCUGCAGCUGCUCACGCUGCGGCUUUCAAAAGGAAGUGAGUCUUUGGCAACUCGUGGAUUUGGCACAAGAAGGACUGCAGAGAUCCAGUCGUCCUUUUGGAAAGAGAUACGAGUCUCUACUUUGAGUUAAAAGGGGACUGAAGUAUGAAAAUGAGACUUUGAAUUAGCUGUUGAGUUUAAUGUGGUGUGGUUGGAGCUUUCAAAUGCCCGCAGACUUAUCUCGCUGUGCUCUUUAGGUACGUGUUAAAAGGGCUGUUUUUGGCUCAGCUGAUUGCAUUUCAUUCAUUCAUCGCAUUUCAUCCACAAUCAUGAUUGUGAGGAAUGCAUUUCCUCAGACGCCGGUUACAGGGCAUGCAGGAGUAUCUCAGGGUGUUCAGUAAUCUGCCCUAAGCAGCUCUGAAAUGUAUAGGACUCUGAGGUAAGAAGUUCAAAUAUCGUCUUCCCGCAGUAUUAUACAGGUUUCCAAUCCAACAUUGCACGAUUGAAAGAGUCCAGGCAUGUGUCAGCAAAAGAUAAGCUGGAUUUGACCCAGAGCAGGCAAGACACAAAGACGACUUUCCGAGCGAAGGCCCGCGGGGUGCCAAGAGAAGCAGCCAACAGUCAAAAGCAUGAAUAAUGGAGGGAGACUGUGAUGCAUAGCAGACAUGCUCUGAAUGAUUAUGGGUUUUGUGCAUGUACAGUAUGAUGUAAUGAAUAGUAGAUUUGGGUGCUUAGUAUUAAGUCAUGUAAGAAAUGUCUUUCCUCUAAUCCCUCUUUCACUUCCUCGGCCCGCUGUGCAGCGCUGGAGGAAAACAGCCUCCCUUUGUGUUGUGGAAGUGCUCGUCUGUGUGUGCAUUGAAAGCUGCAGGGAGAGUUGAAAAAGACACAGUCUGUGCUUAUGAGGGAGCUUUUUGUUUGAUACGAGCCUUCAGAGCUAAAAAAAAGAAAAAAAAAAACUGAAGAAUUUAAGGGCCAAUUAUCCCGUAACUUGCUCUGAACUUGGGUUAGAACAAAACUUUACUCUUUUAUGAACGCCAUCUUACAAAUGAUUCUUCUGGAUGGUAUUGCACGAAAGUGUUGCGGGGAUGAAAGUCAGAAUGAGAGCGUAUGUCCCGAGGCAGAGCGGGUCAUAAGAAUGGAAAACCUGAUUCAAGCUUAUUUCAUCUCGGACUGUAGAUUGACACAUCAGAGCAGACGGUUACUGACAGGAACAGAGACGAGCUGGAGGCCGAGUGUGUCAACAGAUUUCAUCUUUGAAGUUUCCUUUUGAAAUAUCUACCUCUGAGGAACAAAUCCUCCAAAAAUAGUAUGUUUUUUUAGUAUUUAUAUUGAUCAUGAGAAGUUUUAUUUCCUCUGGAUUGUUUAGAUCUGAAACCUGCAGUACAGUGUGUGAGCAUAAAGGCUGAGACUUUAUUUAUAAGACACUCUACAUGCACUCCAGACUUGUUGGGGUGAUGAACGGUCACAUUUGAAUCCUCCUGGGCACUCUUGUGUUUUCCUGCUUCACCCCUCCACGCUGUUUGAUCUGCUUUCUCAGCGUCCUCAGCGGACUACAUCAAAUAACUCCAGCAAAGCCUCACAGCCCUGCCCUCUUCACUCUGUUUCUGAUGAGCUCAUGUGCUGGGAGUUGUUGACAAUCACAAAGUCUCUGAACUAGGUUGCAGCCAUCAAUCGAUACUCCUUGAUUCUGUCUUAAUGGAUUUACUUAAUUGAAUAAUGAAUCUGCUCUAAUGAAGCCGGAGUGGAAGUAUUCAACAAUAUGAACUUUGGUAAUUCCAAAGUUUUUUUUUUCUCCAAAAUUUGUCUCAAUUUAGUCAGAUUGCUUGUAAUCAAUCUAAAAAAAAAACUCCUUAUUUGUCUAAUACUAGUAUCUGUAAAACCCUUACCACUGAGCAAUAGACGGCUAUUUGACGUCUAGGCUUUUAGACCUAAUUUCAACCGUCUAGAUUCUGUAUAUUUUUAGACAGAAUUUAAAUGUUGCACUUUAACCCGUUACUCAAUAACUAUUUAUUCCAAAAAGCAACUGUGAGUUGCAUAACUGAUCUCCAAGUACUUAACCAAAAUAAUUAUGACAGCCAUUUAGCAAUAUACAGUGUAGUAUAGAUAUAGCCCAGAUUUAGAUUUAGUCUAAACUUGGUCUAAAUUUAGACGUUAAAAAAUGUUCAUUUUUGGACGUGUGGUAGCCUGAUUUUAGACCAGACGUCUAGGCUACAUUUAGACGUCUAUUAGACCAAAAAUGCUCAGUAUGUAGACACUUUUCAGCUUCUGCCUGACCUGCAUCAUUUUUUCUAUCCAUGAUAUUAAGUGAGACGCAGAUCAUGCAGUGUUUCCCCUAGAAUAUUUUUCAGCAGCGGUGCUUCUGUGAGUGUGUGCGUGUGUGGAGGGGAUUUUUCGCUGUUACCCCCCACUCUCUUGCCGCUCAUGUAGUUACGCUGUUAUGUUGAUGUUACAUUACGUCACCCGCGCUACUCGCAAUAUAGACCGUGUUUAAGCUCGAACGUUAACUUUCACGUUGAUGGAGGAGGGUCUGACAGGAUUUAUUUCACUUGUUGAUGACUCAAAACAAGCCGAAAAUAACGUUGUUUGUUCUUGUGCCCACACAGUGUGAGUAGAAAUCAUAAGUGGCGCAUUGUUAUUGAUGAUCAUGUGAAAUUUCAGUAGCGGCGCACGAAAUUCAGCAGCAGUGGUGCAUAGCUACUGAAUGAAUGUAGGGGAAACACUGUCACGGGUGUUACUUUUCACACAGCUUUGCAGAAAACAUCUAAAGUGAGCUGAUAGUAGCAGGAAUGGGCUUUUUAAGAAAGUCAGAUUGAUUAUAUAUUAAUGAUCGAUCAUCAAUUUAAUCGAAAUUGAAAUUCUCUUUGAAAUGCCCCCCAAAGUGUUGUUCAGGACUGCGCACCACACGCUCACUCACGCCUCCUACCUGCCAAGCUCCCAGCUGCCCAUUAAAACGCUAAAAACGCUAAAAUCGGGGACAUUUUCAGGAAUAACUUUAACUGGGGACAGGUCAUCCAAAACGGAGACUGUCCCCCGAGAUCGAGGACGUCUGGUCACCCUACACAGUUCCUCUUUGCUAGCAAAAGGUUAAGGUAGGUUAAGACUGAGAGCACUCUGAGGAUUCAUUGACCUCAGUCUGAUGUAUGUGGCUCAAGUGGUCCAUCAUUGGGGUCAUUGUCGUGUUUUACUUGUUCGAGGCAUCAGUGUUAGAAGCUAACCUCAUCAUUUUUCCACUCAAAAUGGACCCAUGCCACACUACGUCUUGCUGUCCUCAUGUUUUUUAGAUCAAUCGAAAUUUUGCUUGAUCAACGUAUUCUUAACGAUCAGUAACCAAUCAUUGAUAAAUCCUGCCCAUUCCUAGUUAGUGCCCUCUGAGCUCCCUGUGCAGCCCUGUUAAAAUCAUGUUAGCUGUUGUUAUGUUGUCUGCUCUUAUAAGUGACUUAGCUCAAGGUUUCUGUAACAAUUGAAAGCAUGUUAAGCUCAUACUGCACCUUUGUCGACUGAAAGGGUUAUUGGUGAAGUGGUGAACACAAACAGCUGUUGUUGACAUGAAAACAUAAACACUUCCUGCUGUUUUCUGCUGCCUUUUUCUUUUAGAGGAGAAACAACCUUAACUCCCUUUCACAAACAAAAGAAACACUCAUAACUUUCUAAGACGCACCGAAGUAACAAAGAGUAGAGUGGAGAAAAAUGACGUGUCCUUGAAAGAGCUGCACUGGAGCUGAUAGGGAGGUUGGACCUUUAACUUGAUACCAACUCAAGAGCAGAGCCUGACAUCAGGUUCAGGCCAAGUCUGGUGAGUUAAGUGAAACAAGCUGUUUGGAUAAAACAUCUGUGGAUCUUAUUAUGAUGAAACUGACCAGCUUUGACACAUCACAUUAUAAGAAUAGAAAGUUAUUUGUGAGUUUGAGUGCUCUUCACGGUAACUCAGGUAUUAGCCUUUACAUAAUUGCUACUGUGGAGGAUAUUCUUAUACCAGCUUUUCCUUCCUGGCUUUGCUGGCAGUAAGUACCCCUCCUAGACGAGUGUUUCCUUAAUAUGAGUGGGAAAAACACUGAGAGGCUUAUUGCUAACAUGUUUCUUACUCUUUGUUAUUUAAAGCUCCUGUGAGGAACAUUUUGGAACACUCCCACAAAUGUGUCUCCGAAACAUCAGCUUUCAAACUCGAGUAUGGCGCACUCUGGGAGGAGUCAAGAUUCACCGGCCUUACUCCGACACAGCAUCAUUAUAGGUUCUUUAAAAAGCAUGGAUGGGCUAAAUAUUUCUCUGCAGGUCCAUUUAAAGUCUUUAUUACACUUUAAACUUCUCUACUAAUCUGGGUAUCAGUCAUCAGGACCUCUGUCCUCACCCUGCAGGAGAAGACACAGUUCACUCUAAUCUCUUGAUCCUCUUUUGUUGAAACCCUCACAAAGAAGACACACUGCCAGCUCUGCAGCAACGUCACACACACACACACACACAUUCACACACCUGAUCCCCUUUUCACAGCAGGUUCAAGCGACAUCUGCUCAACCUGAAAUGUCUUGCUGCCAUUAUCCCCUCUUUUGUCUCGAGUUAAACAGAGACCAGGUCCGCCCUGCCAGAGGUUCAGUCCAGAGCAGCUGUCCUGCUAAAGAUAGACAGACACACACCAUCUGUUGCUCCUUCCUCUUGCUUCUUCUUCUCCUUCUUCUCUGGUAUUCAUGUCUUUUAUUUCUGUAAUUCCUCCUCUUCUCUUCCUCUUUUAUCUGGACCCCUUUAACCACUUCUGUGUCGCUGUUAUGAAUCAUGUGGUUUUAGAUUCUGUCUUCUGUGAAUGAGGAAGAAAUUUCACAGCAAAUAAGCGUAGGGGCGCCACAUGAAGAACUACAUGAACAUGGGAAUGUGCGUGAUUUUUCUGGGUUUGCAAAACGUCUCGGUUUGCACAUCGUUCCAUUACCUUUUUCACGAUCUCAGUGUUUGCUUGUUCACAGCAGCUGUUUGGUGAAAUCUGUUUCUCUGCUAAAGGCGGUGAAUCCUGCACUAAUGGUUCUCAGCUGGUGAGUUGGCUCCAAAAAAUGGGUCAAAGAGCCAUUUCCACCAAGUCCUCAGAAGACCUUUUCGCUGUCUCUCUUUGAAAGUGUGUUUAUGACACAGUGCAUCUAUUGUAGUUUGGUAAUUUACCCCAAACUGCAACACAGUUUGUGGGGAUAAUGCAGCCUUAGUAUGGGGGUCCCUGCCAUCAAGUGACAAGUCUCAGAAAUUUGGGUCAGGACUGGAAUAAGGAGGUGGUGGAUGGUAGGGCCCCACAAUCAUUGUUCUUGGAUGGCACUUACCAGUCGGCAUAGUCAAAUAAGAUACUUAACCACAAGUUUAAGUGGCAGGUUAUGGAGAAAAAUGAUGACAUCAAACAAGUCUGAAACGCGAAAACACUUACAACAUUACAACAUUCAAAACUCUUAUUGCACAGAGUGAACAGCAGAAGCUUGUCUAAGCCUAAUCUUGAAGGAAAGUUUAUCCCAUUCAUUGUGAGGUGGCAAAUAUUAAUCAUGGAGGACUUUUCUAAACAUAAUUGUGAAUGAUAAUUUAUUGUCCUUCCUUUGUGGACAGUCCUGAAUGUACCAUAAAGUUUUCACAGUCAUCACAUGGUUAUUAUCAUAGACAACAGCUUUUACAUAAACACUGUAGGGGUGCUUCAUUAUGACAAAAAUCAGCAUCUUUUGGAUUGACUUUGAUAAUCAUGAUUAUUGAAAGUUAGACAAUGUUGCUGCAGCCUCUCUCUCAUCCUGCUCCCCUCUCUCCACCAGAUAAGUUUGUAUUGCUUUUGCACAUGUUAAAGUUACAGCAGUCCGCCUUAAUCUUAGCGAGAACUAGGGAUGGGUGAUAAAUUAUCGUUCACAAUUUAUCGCCAGAAAAAUCCUCCAUGAUGAGUAUUUGCAAUCUCACAAUAAAUGCGAUAAAUGCAAGUUGAUGGUUGAACAAAUGUUGGAAGUGUUUUCACUUUUCAGACUUGAUUGAAUUCACGAUUUUUCUCCAUAACCUAUCACUCAAACUUGUGGUUAAGUAUCUUAUUUGACGACUCCAACUGGUAAGUGCCAUCCAAGAACAAUGAUUGUGGGUUUGUCCAGACAGAAUAAAUCAAAAACAGGGAUUGGAAUUUUAUUAUUAUUUUUUCAAGGAAUUUUUUGGGGGGAUUUUUGCAUUUUAUUGAUAGGAUAGGAUGAAAUGUGGGGAGAUUGAGAAAGAGGGGGGUGGACAUGCAGCAGAUGGUCGGGGCCUAAGUCAAACCCGCAAUCGCUGUGGGGAUCGUGGCCCCCAUACAUGGGGCGCACUAACCCUGGAAUUUUCAUUUUUUAUCAGGACUUCAAUAGUUAUCACCAGAAUGGCAAAACUUAUCAUGACACAUUUUUUGCCUAUACCGCCCACCCCUAGCGAGAACCAGAAUUUCCUUGCUCUCCUGAACUAAAAUAAAAGAAGGAGGAGCUUUUUUGAAGAUACGGCAACACAGCAGGCAGCACUUGUUUGAUCUUGAUCAUCAUGGGUUUAUAGUCGUUUGGCUUUACAUGAAUCAUAAAUGAAAUUCAAACUGGAUUUUUAUGAUGUUCAAAAUUUAACAGAUUUGUUGUCUGCAGGAGCUGAAGGGAACAUCCUGAUCAAACAGGACUGGUCUAUUUACUGGUAUCUGCAGUUAAAAUCAUUCAUUCUCUUGGCAAAACAUCCACACUCCCAGCAGUUCCUCAGCUAUUAUAUUAAAUACAGUAGUUGUUGCAUUUUAAACUUGAAUCAAAGUGCUGAACCAGCCAAGAUUUCCAUCUGCAGGGUCAUCCUGCCAACAUGGCAGCAGAUGUCGGUCUUUAAAUGUAUAUACAGCAUCAAUAACAGCAGCCAGUACCAGCUGAGGCUUUUCUGAGAAGCCAAGAGAAGAUCCACGUUUCACAGCCAAGUGAAAAAGAAGAAUAUUCACCCCAGUCUCAGAACUGAGCCAAGUAGCUCCGCUGAUUAACAUCGACUCAAAUACAUAAAAGUGAAUCGAUUAUUGACCGCCUUCUCUCUCCUCUUUCUUUCUUUCUUUCUUUCUAUCUCCUCAGGCCCAGCAGAAAGAGCUCUUCAUCCAGGAGCGCUACGGCAAAUACAACCUCAGUGACCCUUUCCUGGCUCUGCAGAGGGACACCGAGGCUGUCGGGGGACAGAUCGAGGACUCGGGCUGUUCUUCCUCCACCUCCAACCCUCUGGUGGUUCUCAAACUGGUGGUGAGCCACUGCAGGAGGAUGCAGGAGAAGAUGCUGGCUCAGCUGGCUGCAGCAGAGAGCAGGCACAGGCGGGUGAGUCUGCGUGUGUGUGUGCAUGUGUGUGUGCGCUUCUUAAUUGGGGAACAGAAAUAAAUGAGCUGGAAGCAAAAUUAGAGAUAAAUGAGGCCAAAUAUUCUUAACUGAAGAAGAAGAAACUGUUCUUACUCAGUGUGAACUUUUAACAAGAUGCACAAACACAUUCAGAGUUCAGGGUGGAGAAAUGAGACUGUGUGAAAGAGGAGAUAAACCUCAACAACGUUUUCUAUCUCCUAAAUAGUCUGCAUCAAAAUACAACAAUAACACAAAUAAAAAAACGAGUCCCACUGCGUCUGUUGAAGCUAAACAAACAAACUCCCUCAUCACUUUAAGCUUUGUAAAAUCACAGAGUUAAGGCUAUACUUUUCUCCGAGGGCGGAGCUGAACAUGACAACAAUUUAGACGACAUAAACUUUGUUUUUCUAAGCUUAGCUGUAAUCAGCAUUUCUGCCUCCGUUGUAGUAAUCAUCUCGCUGCAAAAUAACAAUCAUGAGCUUCACCAGCAGGCGGAACAAAGAAACUCAUGUCGAGGGGUUUCAUUCCUGACUCUGUGCCUCCCCGCUGUGUUUGCUUUAGGUCAUUGCAGACCUGGAGGAGGAGAGAAGGAGGCACGCAGAGGACACGGCAGAGGGAGACGAUGUCACCUACAUUCUGGAGAAGGAGAGGGAGCGUUUACAACAGCAGGUGCCCUCACCGUGUCAUGAACUUUCAAAGUUUUAAAAGUGUUAAAAAAAAAAGUUCUUAUUGUGAAAAAGUUUUCUUGUCUCUGUCCCUGCAGCUGGACUUUGAGCGCAGCCAGGUCAGGCGGCUGGAAAAAGAGCAGCGGCGGAUCACUGACCAGCUCGAAGAAGAAAGAGCUCAGCACAAACAGCUCUCCUGCGCUUUGGCCAAGGAGUGCAAGUGGGCAAGCGCCAGAGCCCUGGAGGAGGGUCACCGGCUGACUGAGCUGAGCCGCAAACUUGACAAGGUAUUUUCAAUCCGUGCUGGAAGAUUUAUUGACUCUUGUUUUUUUAUAAAUGUGAGGUGAAGUUGGCACUCUGUUUGAGCGUGGUCUUCCUCGCGCAGGAGAAAGAGGCCUGUCAGGCUCUGAGAAAGGAGCUGGAGGACGAGAGGAAGAGAGCUCUGAGGAUGGAGGCGAGGGUGGAGGAGCAGCUGGCCGAGUUCGACACGGAGAGAGAGCAGCUUCGCUCACGUUUGAAGAAGGAGGAGGCUCACUGCUGUCAGCUUCAACAGCAGGUGUGAACACAUGAGUCAAACCUACAUGAUAUAUCAUGAGGAGUCUGUGUGUCGCCCACAGACUAUAUAGAAUGGAUGCCGUCUGCCUCCUGGAUGGGUGAAGCCACUGUGAGAACAGCACCCCCUGGUGACGGGCUGCAGUAUAGGUCAUAAAUCCCGCCUCCUCCAGCAAAGUUUAUGGAGUGUGGGCAAACUUUAGAAAUUUAUUAAACAGAAUAUAAAUGUUUCUCCCCUCUAGCUGUGAUGUUGACAUGUAGUUACUAUCAGACUGGUUUGUGCUCAAGUUCUCUUUUUUCUGUACAGCUCAAUUAUUAAAAGUUAUCAGGGGGUUCAUGUUUUCUAUGAUUGACACUUGAUACAGCCUAUGGGCGUACGAGGAUUGCGUAGCUCACCCGGGGGGAUACUCUCUCGCCAAAUGCGUACAACGCUACUGCACAAGUGGUGGAGUGUGUACAACACUACUAUGCAGUGUUGGUUUCAGGAAAUGGAGAGAAAAUGCAGAUUUACAGAGAGCUUUUCGGUUUAAUCCGUAUACUAGCGGGAGGCGGAACCAAGUUGUCCAUAGUAUAAACAGUCUAUGGUGUCACCUGCCUGUACAACAUGCAAAUGUUACUAAAAGACUCAAAUACCCAGAUCUGCCUCUAGUUUGUAUUUCAUAUAUUAAAAGGUAAGGACCAACCAACAAUUGGCACGGCCGAUAGAAUUGGCCGAUAUUUAGCGUUUUUACAAUAAUCUGCCGUUUUUCCCACCAAUAGCCAAUAAAAUCCGUUAAUAUACUAGUUUGUUCAGCUCUUAAACAGCCGCCUCUCUCCACCCAAAGUCACCGCUCUUGGCUGUGUAACAAUGUCCCGCCUACAGUCCCCACUGAUUAGCUACACAGACAGCCAAUCAAUACUCAAGCUUCUAGGUUUAGCUCCACAGCGAGGGGGGGAGGAGAGAGCUCCAUGAAGCAGCAUGAGACUCCUGUUUCUUUCACUGUUGUUUAUGAACACCGUAGAACUAAAACCUCAAGUAAACAAAACAAAAUCCAACAUAAGCUAUUGUAAUCAUUACAUAAAUAGCACUGUUUGGCACUAUAGCUUAUAUAGAUAAAGAAAUACACAAAGUAAUACAGAUCACUUUAGCUUGCUAAUCAACAAAUGGCAGUUAUUCCCAAGAGGCAAUCUUCACAGUCAAAAAUAAGAUUCUUCAAAUUAUUGAAAUUAUAUAGUAGUAGUAUUCAUGAAGUUUAUUUAAAAAAAAACUACAAUUAUUAUUUAUCACUCAUGAAUAACAUGUUCAUAUCUGAGCAAAUCACCUCAUUAUUUUACAUGAAUUCAAAGUCAGUUUGAGUGAAUUUAACUAAUCCUACAGAAGGGGAAUAAAAUGAGCGUGCAGUUUACAGUUUCCACCUUUGACUUCACCUUUUUCUGCGUUUGGUUUCAGGUGCAGGAGCUGAAGAGAAAGUUUGGGGAGUCAAAUAUGAUGAAAAAUGUCACAGACACGGUUCCAGCUCCAGGAGAGGCAGAGAAAAAGCAGUGGGCCGCCAAAGUCCCUCUAAAGAAGACAAAAGCAGAGACUGUUCAGAUCGAGGACUAUGAGGGAGACAGAAACCACCAACCGGUGCAGCCAAAUGUCUCAAACGGUCACCACUGUGUGACGGAGACUAACGGUCACCAGAGUCCGGACGACAGUUCAGAGAAGAUCUGCCUUCAGAAUGGGAGUGAAAGUCAAACCCAGACGUCACCCUCUGCCCUCUCUCCGUCCUCGCCGUGUGCGUCUCCCCUCCUCAACAAACGCCAACAAGGCAGCUCGAGCCCCGCUGGCUAUCAGUCUCCGUACCAGGCCGGGAUUAACCAGCGCUUCCACGCAGCUCGUCAUAAGUUCCAGGGUACCGCAGACCCAGAGCCCCAGUCUCAGCCAUCACAGCCCUCGCCAAAGGACGUCCCACCUGCGACCAGCAGCUCCCCCACAGAAACAAGCCCGGUGAAGCAGAUAGCCCGCAGCACGGUCACUCAGGUCCUGUCCCGCUUCACCACAGCCCAGCAGAGCACCAGUCCAAAACCUACAGCACCCAACAACUCACCCUUCGGUACUGACUACCGCAGCCUGGCAGCGCCUUUGUCCCCCAUCAUCGGGAGAGCCACAGGAGCGCUCGCACAGGGGAUCAGAUCACCCACCAUCGCCCGCGCAGACAGGGGGAACCCUCCACCCAUCCCACCUAAGAAGCCGGGACUGGCCCAGGCUCCUCCCUCUCCAGCUCCAGUCCCCAGGUCGGGGGGCCAUUUCUCAGACAGCGCCCUCUCAGGCAGCUGCGGCCUCACCUCCAGCCAGGAGGGGGUGAAGGAACUGGACAUGGUGGUGUCUUCUAACUAACCAAUCACAUGGCUCGUUGAUACACGAGUCAGCUGCUGCUCUGCUUAUGACAGGAUAUAUAUCCCCUGUUGUUGUUGUUGUUGUUGUUGAACAGAGGUCCUGUUAAACACUGUAAUAAUUUAUAAGAGUUAAAAUACAUAUACGCUUGAGGCACUAUAUUAGGUCAUCUUUUAUGGUAUUAAUGAAAUAAUAGUUUCAUAUUAACUAAAGGCGAACCUCCUGUCACAGUGUAGUAAGACUUUUUUUAAUCGUCACAGAAACCAAAGAGGACAAAUAACCCCCACCUGAAAAAAAGAUUCUUUACCGUCUGUUUUUAUGCCGCCUGUACAGUCAACAAAUCCUGUAAAUAUUACCUGUAAACUGCAUACUGUAAAUAUAUCUUAAGACCAGUGCAACAUGCAGCUCCUGGACCAAUGUAUGCGUGUUAUUUUGAUACAAAUGUAUAGCUCAUUUUAUAUAAACCUUUCUUUGUUAUUAAUGUAUAAAAGUUUUACACAGCAGGUCAUCUAAUCUAAUCAAUAUAGUGCUUAUUUUUUCCUUUUUUACAUAUUACUUCAAAUGUAUAGUUAUGUAAUCUUGUAGACUCAGAUUAUAUUCGGGAUUUAUUUUGCAUUUUCUUAUUCAAAGUAAAUAAAUGUUUUGGUAGACGUCUGUCAUUUAUAAGGAAACCCUAAUAAAACAAUAAAGUACUUUUAUCAGCCAUGUCUCUCAAAGUAUCACUCAACAUCACUACUGGUGAUCUCUGUUUUAUCAGAUUUUUAUCAGUGCUGUACAUGCUGGAAAGUGACGGAUUAAAUAAAUUAAUCCCAGGCGA